CAUGUUCGGUGAUCCAUGAUAAAUAAGAACCCCUCCCCUCCGAAUGAAAGCAGUGAGCGAACGACACAGAACCAUAACAGAGAAACGGAUGAAAAAUACAACCUUUCUACAGGAACAAAAUCGUCUCGAAUCUCCAACGUCACCAUGGGAAAGCUGUGUGAGCUGGCCCUGGUGUCUCUUGUCCUCCUGGUUCUGCUUCAUACUGACUCUACAUGGGCCAAGAGAAGUGGCAGCAGCAGCAGCAGCAGCAAAAAGACAUCAUCCAGCAACAGGGGCUCAGAAAAAAAGCCGUCGAAAACAUCAAACACACAGACGGGAAGCUACCCUAGACAACCCCAAAGCCCUAAUAGGAACCCCAACCCGUACCCAGCAGGAGGUAGUUAUCCAGGGAGAGGUACCAAUCAGAACCCAGCCGGUGGAUACCCUGCAGCAGGUGGAAACCCCAACCAGCAGUAUCCAGGCCGGGGAACCAACCAAGGAGGAUAUCCUAACCAAAACCCUGCUGCUGGUGGCUAUCCUGCUGCAGGUGGCUACCCCAACCAGCAGUAUCCAGGCAGAGCCAAUCCUGGGGGAUAUCCAAACCAGAAUCCUGCAGCUGGAGGUUACCCAGCCGCUGGUGGCUAUCCUGCAGCAGGUGGUUAUCCCAACCAGCAGUAUCCAGGCAGAGCCAAUCCUGGGGGAUAUCCAAACCAGAACCCUGCAGCUGGAGGUUACCCAGCCGCUGGUGGCUAUCCUGCAGCAGGUGGUUAUCCCAACCAGCAGUAUCCAGGCAGAGCCAAUCCUGGGGGAUAUCCAAACCAGAACCCUGCAGCUGGAGGUUACCCAGCCGCUGGUGGCUAUCCUGCAGCAGGUGGCUAUCCCAACCAGCAGUAUCCAGGCCGGGCAAAUCCUGGGGGAUAUCCUAACCAGAACCCAGCAGCUGGAGGUUACCCCGCCGCGGGUGGUUAUCCUGCAGCAGGAGGCUACCCCAAUCAGAACCCAGGGAGAGGAGGAGUCAAUCCGGGAUACCCAGCCGGAGGUUACCCUGCUGGAGGUUACCCAGUAAGAGGGGGAAAUACUGGCUGGGGGCAGGCAGGGGGCCACCCUGGUGGAGGGAUGGGAGGAGGUUACCAACCCAACUGGAACCCAAACAAUAAGAUCCUCAGUCCCCGCUAUGGUGGAGGCUAUGGUUAUGGAGGUGGGCACGGAGGUAUGGGAGGUGGCUCUCCCUUCUCACGUUCAGUUCAGGGAAUGGGACAGUACCCCUCUACUCAGUCCAAGGGGUUUGCUAAGAAGGCUUUUAUGGCUGCAGGGGUUGGGGCCGUGGCAGGGAUGGCGAUUGGCUAUGGCCUUGGGCGUUUCCCUCGUCCAAACUUCAACUUCCGCAACCCUCAGGAAGAGCAGUCCUACAACAACUACAUGUACAAAAAAUACGGCGAACGCUCCACAGACGAAAAUGACUAUGGCCGGGACUACACCUACAAAGUACCUCCACGGGCAGAGUCCUACGACAGCUUCAUGGAUACCUGCAUGAAGAGGAAUGACCUUCUGCACGACCAGGGCAGAGACUCCCAGGCCACACCUAACAACCAGAAGAACAACCCUCAGGGAGCCAACAGCCAGAGCAUGCCCAUCACGCCUGAGGUGGGGAACAGCAGUCCAGCUAGCAACCAGGAGGGAACAGACAAAGUGAAGCCUCUCACCCCUGCCCCUGGCGAGAUAGCUGGAGAGGGUAAGGAAGAGGCUGAUGGCCCCACAGUGAGCAUUGAAGAGAUUGGUUACCCUACAUUGGUGGAGCAGCUGAAGAACCGGAAGUGUGUGGAGCUGUACAUAAACCACUCAGAGCGCUUCCUAGAGAAGCAGACAGCCGAACGCAGCAGCGGCAACAACAACAACGACAACAAACAUCUGAACAGUCGCAGCAACCCCCUCGGUCAGGGGCUGCUACAGCUGAUAACCAGUCUCCUCAUGGUCCUGAGCAGCACUCUUCUACUACACUGAGACAUAUAGUAGGUGUGUCCUAGUCGUCUGGAAUAGCUUAAUUUCAUAGUCCCCCUUUCUCAUCAUGCCACUGAUAUCUUGUACGGAUAGGUUAAUUAAGUAAGGUGGAGAUAUAACCAGUACUUUCACUUAUCAGUGGUUAUGAUGGUAAGGAAGCAAGUGGAAAAUAACUUCCAGGGCCACGGGUGCACAAUAAGGUCCAUUUCCUCCACAUUUUAUGGUGCCAUUUGAGCUUAAACAUAGUUUUACUGUUUGUCUAUUGGCCCAUCUCAUUUGUGUCUCUAACAUUUGCACUGAUCUGUCAAUUUGGACCUUCGCUGUAGUACUUCUAGACUUCGUUUCUAUUGCAAUGUUUGUUUUCAUUGCAUUUUUUUCAGAGCAGUUUCUGGUAGAAUACUCUGUUGAUCACUGUAUUUUGUUCUGCAAAACACUAAUUUGUUGAGGUCAUGGCAAAUGCAUGAUGCUUUAAUAUUGUAUCUCUGCAUCUAUUACAAUAUCUCUGUAUAAAACACUAACACACCAACACUACAAGUACAUACAGUAUAAAGCUUACUAUUGACUCUGGAUAUCUAUCAGGUUGUACGUAGGCACUAACCAAUUUAAAUUUUAGCUAAUUGUAAACUCUUAUGUGUUAUUAUGUGAUGAGGCAACUAUCAUCUGACUUUGGGUAUUCAGUGUCUUUUUGCCAGUGUGGUUCCACAUGAAGUACAUAAAGCAUUGUCGCCUGUAUGCCAGAUAUUAGCUGGAAAUCAAUUUGCUCAGAAUAAUUUUUGGGUGAACUAAACAGUACAUUAUACUCUACUGUGAUAUUUAUAUUUGUACUGUAAAGAGUCCAUCUUCUGUGGUCUUCAGCAAUUGGUUUUAAAAAUUGCCUGUUCCUAUUUUUCUUUAGUUCUCUCUUGUCCCAUACCUCUCUACCUCCCCAUCUAGUCUCCCUCUCCAUUUCCUCCUGUCCCCUGGUUAUCAGAAGUGCACUUAUUUAUCUUGCCGAACGGAUAUAAACGACUCUUCUUUUCCUUUUUUUCCCAAGCAUGUAUUUAGUGAUGAACAUAAAACACACAUUGGUUUAAUGUGUUUUGGAAAUGUAAAAUAACCCCUUUGCCAUGCUAGAACUAAAUGGUGAAUAUUACUUGUCAUUUAAAUAUCGCAAAAGUCUUCUUCCAUUUUCAAGGUACAGGAGGAAUAAAAACUAAAUAUAUCACAUGAUCGGCCAUUCUCUCUUUUAGAAAACAUGAGGGCAGUUACAGUGACAAUCUCACAGAGCACAUUGAAGCUUUUAGAGACACAUCUGUUGCUAGGAGUCUAAUUGCCUCAUAGGAAAUUGUUACAGAACAGUCACUACAGUGUGAGAAAAUCGAACAGACAGGGUUUCUGCCUGCAAGUUGGCAACAUUACAAUUCCCGUUACUGUCUAUGAAAUGAUCCUCAAGCUAUCUUUACAACAGAACACAAAGAUCUCAACUCAUCUCAUACACAAAAACAUGUAUUGUUUUGUGAACUAAGGCCCUAUUAUUAAAUCUAAACCAGUUUUUGUGUUUCUGGGAUACUUUUAAAAUAAAAUCAUGUUUUCUCUUCGCAGAAGCCUUGUACACAAGGCUUAUAUUUGAAAGUACUAUGUUGUGAAUUUUCCUUACAUUCUUUUAUUAUUUCUUUGAAUCCAAAUGUAGAGGGGAAACACUUUUUAUUUCAUAUUUACUGAUCCCUUUUACUUAUCCAUGUUGUCUCUAUAUGGUCCUGAACUUAACUACUGUCACAUGCAUCCUAAUGAACGUAAUAAAGCAACACACACUGUCACGAUUGUCGUAUGGAAUGGACCAAG